AUGAGCUACACGAGCAAUUCGCCAACUCCUCUCCAGUCUGUCGUCGCCGGAGCUGCUGCCGGAGGAGUUGAGUCUCUCGUUACGUACCCUACAGAAUAUGUCAAAACGCGAAAACAACUGCUGAGUUCAUCCCAAUCUUCACUACGAAUUCUAGCCUCGGCGGUCCGCACGUCUGGGCCUACGGUGCUUUACACCGGGGCCAGUGCGUUCUGCGUCUCAAAUGCAUCCAAGUCCGGCGUACGAUUCCUUACCUUCGACGCCGUCAGAAACAGGCUGCCGAGAGAUGCCAGAACAGGGAAACCAACCAAGGUUGCCACCAUGCUUGCUGGCGUGGCAGCCGGAGUGGCGGAGAGCGUAACGGUGGUGACCCCUGGCGAGAACAUCAAGACCAAAAUUGUGGAGGAUAGGGCUGGCGCGCGCCGGUUCAAGUCAACCAGCCACGCCAUCAGAACCAUCAUCGGCGCGGACGGCAUUGCCGGCUUGUUCCGUGGUGUCCUCCCCGUGACGCUGAAGCAAGGCUCCAACGCGCUGGUGCGCUUCACGAGCUACAACGCCCUUCUUGACAUGAUACGGCCGCCAAUGGAGAGCAGCGGUAAGGGGGCGAUGGCCCCCGUCUUGGCGGGCGCAGCAGCCGGGAUCGUGACUGUCUACGCAACGAUGCCUUUUGAUGUCGUCAAGACAAAGAUGCAAGCUCUUGAAGGGGCCAAUGUUAAUCGUGGCACCUGGCAGUGCGCUACGGCGAUUGUUCGGGAUUCAGGCGUAUCUGGUCUAUGGAAGGGCACCACGCCUCGGCUGGCGCGACUAAGUUGCGACGGAGAAGUCCCUGCGUGUACAAACUGCGCAAAAGCCGGCGAAACUUGCCUCGAUGUCGACAGUCAGAACUCCGGAUUGCUGGUUCCUCGCAACUUUGCGAGUGCUGCUCGGGCUAGGAUUCAGUGGCUCGAAGACAUCAUCAGACAACGACUUCCCGAUGUCGACGUAUCGCUAGGCCCGCAAAUCGACGCCUUCCCGGACCCGAAGGGUUCGGCUGUCGCCGGAGGUGGUGGGGACCACGAGGACGAUGUCUCAACGUCUUCUCCGAGAUCCGGUAGGGCGUGUAGUCAACCCACCGGCCGGACGUUGAGUCUUGGCUCCCAGCGACAUUCUCUCAAGCGUCCCGCGGAAAGCGCGGGGUCGUACGACCACGAUGAACAGUUUCCUGACCGAGCACACUCAGUCGCGAUGAACCUAGGCAUGCUGUCACUCAACUCGGACUCCAACCAGAGACAUUAUUUAGGAUCGAGCUCCGGCGUCCUGUUUACAAAUCUCAUCGGGGCUUCUCCUUCCAGCGCAGGUUCAACCCCGGUGGCGUUGCUGGAAGAUGUACAAGCCCAGGGGCCGUCAUCAGAGUGGCACGACACUUCAGCUUCGAAUAAAGUAUCACAACAGUAUAAUCGAGCUUUACACAUAUUCCUGCGUCAAGAGCUUCCGAGAAAAGAAGACGCAAUCAAGCUCGUACAUACAUACAUUCGAUGGAUGCACCCUGACUAUCCCGUUCUGGAGCCUGCGUCUCUUCUAAGCGCUGUGGAUGCUCUUUACUCAACCUUUGGAUGUUCACUCGACGAUGAUACCUUUCCGCAUGGCUGGCCCUCAACCAUGCAAGCGUUUCGAUGGAACGGCCGACAAAGAUUGCCUGACGACCAGGGAGUCCAUACGGUGCCGAUGCCAGUCGUUGCCUUUAUUCUUUUCAUGGUAUUCAAUAUUGCAGCCGUUGUUAAGGUUAGGUCGCGCGUUUACGAGUUUCCCCCGGAGAGAUUUUACAAAGCUGCGGUACACUUUUCGAAGGACUGCUUCUCGCAAAUAUCUCUCUCGUCUAUUCAGGCGCUGGUUGUUCUUAUUGUACACAGCAUGAUAACUCCAGCAGAAGUCAACCUCUGGACGUUAAUCCACAUUGCACUUGCACAUUGUGUCGAGCUUGGCAUCCACAGAGAGCCUCCAACGCCAACACAGCCGGGCGAUUACGAGAACCAACAAAUCAGACGAUUGACUUUCUUUACUAUAUACUCUCUGGAUAGGUCUAUUUCCUCCAUCCAAGGGCGACCUCUUGGCUUCCGGGACGAAACGUUCGAUGUCAAAUUACCAGAGCCUCAACCAGCGCAAAACGGAGUUGCAAACGGCCCAAUUCCCUCUUCAUUUUCGGCGGCGGUACUGCGAUUUGCCCGAUACCAAUUCGAGUUGGAUCGGAUGGUGUCCGAUGUCAAGCUUCAACUAUACCACCUUCCCUGCGACUCGUCGUGGUUCCCUCUGCCGCAGAACCCGCCAGCCCAACAGGCCAGAAUAAAAGAAGAACUUAUGGAUUGGUGGGAUCGAGUUUCGUCCGAAAAUUUCGAGUUCCCCGGACUUGAUAGCAGACAACGGCGGAUGUGGCAGAUCAAGUUGAAGAUCAAGUAUCACACAACCAUGGUCAUGCUAUUCCAGCCCUCGCAAGCCAUUCGGAAUCCAUCUCCAGAGUCGCUGCAAGUUUGCUACAACAAUGCGGCAGCAAUACUGCACGACUACCAGGCUUUGCACGACAUGCAAGGUUUGCAUCACGGAUGGCGUACAGUACAAAACAUCUUUGCGGCUGGGGCAACUCUUAUUUACUCGUUCUGGACUUGCUCAACUGUUCGCCUCAACGCGUCCACUGCGGAUUUAUCACGAAGUCUACGCACGUGCUCAAGCCUCCUGACCGUUGGCGGCGAGUGGUGGCCCUCCGUCAAGAAAGGACAACGAAGCUUCGGGGCCAUUGUCGACUUGACGAUUCGGAAACUCUACACUGGCAACAUGCCUUCCAAAAACCCGCGAAUAUUCAUGCCUCUCGGCUCGGACCGUCUCGAAGACGGCCAAAACCCGCUAGACCACGGAGACGGAGCCCAAGCUGUCUAUGACGCAACUAGUCAGCAUACAGACCUCUCCCACAUUCCGAUGAAUGGGGCAGACGCCUCCUGGCACCAGAUGUCGGGGUCUUCCGCCGCAGCUGUGGCAAUGGCGCACUCGCAGGAUUCAGUACACUGGCAGGGAGUGUAUCCCGAAGGACCUUUCCAGACAGGCGCUAACGACUUUGUGCCGGAGAUCGAAACGUUCCUCGCGGAUUUCGACAAGUCGGAGUUCAGCUGGAGCUUCCCUUUGGCCGGCAUUGGAGACCCGUACGAGAUGGGAAACUUUCCUAACCCGGGCUACUGA